AUGUCGUUACGAAAAAUACCUAGCGAUUUUCAAACGUUACUGCAUGCAUCUAACAAAAUAACUAGCUAUAGAAGAGCAGUUGAGGAAUUGGUUUACAAUUCCUUGGACGCGGCUUCGACAUCAAUAGCGAUUCGACUUAGUAUUGAAGAAAACGUAAUACAAGUUAUUGACAAUGGAUGUGGAGUGAGAAAAAUUGAUUUCAAUUUACUUGGACAGAAACAUACAACAAGCAAAUUUGUUGAUUUGACGGCAUUGAAAUCAGCUCCAAACAAAUAUGGCUUCCGCGGUCAGUCUUUGGCAAACAUCAUUGAAGUUUCACAAAGCGUCAAAAUAACUUCGAGACAUGAAGAUUUAGAUGACACGUGGUAUAAAUUUUUUUAUAAAGGAAAAGAACAAAACAUUAUGGACAGUAAACAGAGACCUUCAAAGGGAACGACUGUGGAAAUAAAAGGAUUUCUUUACAAUUUGAGUAUUCAAAAGAAAUCGAUCAAUGCAUUAAGUGAAAUUAAUGACAUAAAACAUUUUCUUGAGCAAUUGUCAUUGCUGCAUACCAACACAUCUUUAAGCUUAAGAGAUGAUACAAAAAAUGAAAUAAUAUUCAAGAUACAUAAGAACCGAGAUAUUUAUCAAACUCUGAGUUCAAUAUAUGGAAUAAAAAAAACAGAUUUACAAGAACUUAAAGUGGAAAAGAACCAAUACAAAGUAACAGCAUUUAUUGGAAAGAGGGAUACAGAGCAGAAUAAAAAACAAUUGAUAUUUCUUAAUGGGAAAAUUGUCCAAAACGGGAAAAUUCAAAGUAUAAUAAAUCACAAUUUAUCUAAAGCACUCAAGUUGAACUAUGAGAAGAAAAGGAAUUUAAAAUCGAAGAUUUGUUUUAAUAGUGAAGACACCGAAUUGCCUAAAGGCAAAAUACCAUUCUACUUGGUGUCCAUAUCUUGUCCUUAUUACGAUUAUGAUAUUAGCUACACACCAAAACAAUCGGUUUUUGAAUUUAAAAACUGGGACCAAAUAAGCAAACUAUUGGAAAAAUUAGUAAAUUUCUACGGCGGAGAUGUCAAUUUAAGAGAAAUUAAACAAACUGUUAUGAAAGAAGCAGUAGAUCAAGAUAAAGGGAAUGAAGUAAAAAAUGAAGUUAAAAAAAUUAUGGAUAAAAUACUAGGUAGUAAUUCAAAGAGGCCAGCUGUUUCACAAAUGCAAAAUGGUAUCAAAGGAAAAUUAGCUAAAAGGAAAAUUAAAAAGAAAAUUCCUAAAAUUUCUUUGUCCAAAAUAAUUCCCCAAAAAACUCGUUCAUCAAUAACGCAUGAAGACAUAAACUGUGAUAACGUAAACGACAUUAGUGAAAAUGGUCUUCAUGUUGUAAACGUCCCUAAAAACUCUCUAGUCAAGGAAAAAAAAAUUGCAGAAAUAGUUCUACACGAUUACAUGCCUUUAUCGCCGAGAUUUAGCCCUUGCAGCUUUGAUAAUCGCGUGUGGGAUGGCUGGAAGAAAAUGCCUUGUAAAUCCUCGUACGAUUUAGUCAAGACAAUAUUGACUACUCAACAAACAAUCGAUCGUGUCACCAGUAACGUUACUCGGGAAAGAAUGUCAAGUUUAAUUGAAAUUAAUGAACUUCCUCCUUUAAGGCCCUCGUGUUCUAGUGACGUUCAUCGUGGCUCAGAAAUACCACUAUUUCCAAGAUUAACUUACGAUAGCCAUAAUAGUAGACUUAUCCAGUGUAAUGUUCAUGAAACAAUAGACAACAAUAUCAAUAAGCACUUUAUCUCAACACAAUCUGAAGAUGAUUUCGUAAUACCAAAUCAUACACAAAAUACCAGAGAAAGAUAUAAAACCAAUGUCCAGAAAAUAAUUGAUUUUAAACAUAACAAACAAAACGAUAUAAAGAAAUCUAUCUUUGAUAUUCAACACAUGUGGAAUUUUCAACAAGAGUCAGUAGCAAUUGAUUGCUCAACAAGAAGUAAUGAUCAUUUAGUCCGAAGUUGCGUUCAAAGUUUUGCGAAAACUAACGAGGAGUCUGUUUUAAACGAAAGAAAACAUAGUGAUUAUCACCUGACUUACACAUUGCCAGAUCAGAAUCACCAGCCCUUACGACAUAAAUACAACAUUUUUGAUGAAACAUACACUUUAGAUGCUUUGCACAUUACACCAGAUGGCUACAAUCAUCAGAAACAUGCAGGUCUCCCAGAAAAUCUGGACGCCCACAGAUGUGACCAAAAUUAUACGAAACAUAGCAAUAGUGACAAUCUACAAUAUAGUAGGAAAUCAAUAAACACCACGGACAAUGUAAAUGUUGUAUUCGUGUCUGAAUCUCAAGAAUAUUUAAUACAAAAAACUUCAGAAAUAAAUAUAGAGCCUUUAGAGAUUUGUGAGAUCGUACACAGCCAAGAUGUUGAAAUUAUAGAUCACAGUAUUCGUCAAAAUAAUGAUUCUUUGUUUAAUGAUGAAUUUUAUAUAAAUUCAUCCUUCCUUGAUAAAGACGCGUAUGUAAGUGCACCAAGAAAUUCCAGUGAAGGUAUCAUUAAGGGGAUCAAUGAUGCAUCAUAUCAUUUGUACAAUCGACAAACCAUAGAUAAAGUAUUUAUAUCGUGUGGUACAAAAAAUAAUAUUAAUAUUGAAAAUACUACAAAACCUCUACCCAUGUACGACUUUAAUAAAAAGGGUGGAGACAAUUUUACCAUUCGAAACAGACUUCGAUUCAUUCCAAAAGGUAUGUCUCCGAUAUUUGAAAACUGCCAGACAAAAACCGUAUGUGACUAUAAUUUAAACAAAGAUUAUUUUGAAAAGACUCUUUAUGACGACUUUGCCAACAAUGUACAAGUGACUUCUGAGAUGUUACAACCAGGUAUUCAAAAUAUAAAAGAUUUAACAACUAAAGAAAUUCAAAAGGCUGACAAUAAACUGAAGAAAGACAAUGCUUCUCUGAUUUUCAACGCUGAUUCUCUAAAACAGGCCAAGGUUUUAGGUCAAGUGGAUGAAAAAUUCAUAGCAGCUCAAAUAAAGGGCAAAUGUUAUCAGUCUCUUGAAAUUUCGGAAUACCUUGUAUUAUUCGAUCAACACGCAGUCCACGAAAGAAUAAGAUUAGAAAACAAUUUAGCAGAUUACUUAAUCGACGACAAAUGGAAGAGCAUAACAUUAGAUGGAUUUAUAUUGAAGCUACCUAAGGAGGAUAUUCUUUAUCUGCACAAUUAUAAAGACAAGUUUUCACAGUUUGGCUUGAACUGGACUGUUUUAAAUGAUAGGGAAGUGACAGUUAGUGCUAUUCCUGAAGCCAUUUUGGGUAAAAAUCCUAGACAGGUAGCGGUAGUUACGAAAGCUGUGAAGAAUAUAAUUUCUGAAGAAAUAAAUGCCAUGAAGCUACAAAAAGGCUGCGUCUCUUUGUAUCCAAAAACUAUUAUGGAUCUUGUUUUCAGCGAGGCUUGCAGAUACGCUAUAAAAUUCGGCGACAAAUUAUCGAAGAAUGAAUGUGUGGAGCUUCUCAAUCAGUUAUCGGAAUGCAAGACACCAUUUCAAUGCGCCCAUGGGAGACCAGUAAUGGCUGUUCUCCUGGAGCUGAAGAGAGAUUGUCGAUCAUAUACAGUGAGUUAUUUAAGUUCCUGGAAACGGAAUUUAUUAAAAACUCGUAAGUUUGUACACUGAAUUAAUACCGCUCUAAAACUUCCAGAUACAUGU